AUGUACAAGUCUUUUCUGCGCGUCAAGAUUUCUAGGACCUUGGGAAUUGGGAAAGGAAUUCACGGAGAGAAAGAUAGGUGCUCUGAAGCGGGGAAGACUGGGUUGAAGAAUCAAAAUCGGAGUCAGAUAAGAAAUAAAUCUUGUGAUCUUGGUCUUGAUUUUGGGGUGCGUGAUCGUGGAGUUAUUGGGGUUUAUACGCAUACGGUUUCCCAGAGAGAAAGAGAUAGAGGUAGAGAGGGAGUGAGAGAGAGACAUAAGAGAGGGGAAAGAGAGAAUCUCACAGCCAUGGAAAAUAUAAGUGCACUGGAUACGGCGAGGUUGGCGGGAGAAGGAGAUACUGUGGAUAUGGGAGGUGGGAAUGCGAGGGGUGGAAAAGGAGGACGGGGAGGGAGAGGAAAGGGAAGAGCUGCUGGUGGUAGUGGUGGUGACCGGGGUGGCAAUGAAAAAAAUAGAGAAAUGCUUAUUAGUAAGGCGUUGUCGAAGUUGUUGAGACAUGCGGCGGAGAGUGAGGGGGUGAAGUUGGAUGGAGAGGGGUUUGCGAGGUUGGAUUUGGUGAUGCAAUGGCCUCGUCUCAAAUCUCUCAAACCGACCUUUGCCGAUAUCCGCACCGCCGUCACCAAUAAUGCCAAACAGCGUUUCUCUAUGAAACCCAAUCCAUCGCUUCCAGAACCGCCUUCUCCUUCUUCUGAAAAUCCAGAAGAUUGGAUGAUCCGUGCUAAUCAGGGUCAUUCCAUCGCGAUUGAUUCCGCGGCGCUACUGGUCCCCAUCACGCUCGAAGCGGGGAAUGUACCGGAAAUAUGUGUGCAUGGGACAUAUUUUGCUUUUUACGAGGAGAUUUUAAAAAGUGGAGGAUUGAAGAAGAUGGGAAGGAAUCAUGUACAUUUUGGAACGGGUAUUCCAGAAGAUGGGGGAGUAGUGAGUGGAAUGAGAGGAGAUGCGGAGGUGUUGAUUUAUGUGGAUGUGAAGAGGUGUUUGGAGGAGGAACCGCAGAUGAAGUGGUGGGUUAGUGAGAAUGGGGUGGUUUUGACGGAGGGGGAUGAAGAAGGGGUGGUGGGAACGAGGUUUUGGAAGAAGGUUGUGGGGAGGAGGGAGGGGGGUUUGUUGUGGGAGGAUGGAGUGAAGGUGGCGGAUUUGGAGGAGGGGUUGAGGAAUAGGAAUGCUCCGAUGGGGAAGGGUGGGAGGGGAGGUGAAGGUGGAGGUAGAGGUAGAGGUGGAAGGGGUGGGGGAAGAGGAAGAGGAAAGGAAGGGAGGGGUGGAAGAGGUGGCGGUAGAGGAGGGAAAAUUUUGGAGGGAAAUACGAAGAGUAGUGUUGAAGAAACAAAACCUGUAGAGUAA